CUGAAAAAAGAAGAUUUGAGAUUGCUGGCUUGAUGUCUUCCAUCUUAAGAGCUCAUUUACAUGCAUAUGAUCCACUCUUUUCAAUGACAUUGAGAUAUUUGAUAAGCAUACACAAAGGAUUUUGCCUCCGCCAAGGAAUUUCAUCACCUAUUUCAGACCUGACAGAGAGGUUGCUUCUUGAGGAACGUGAUCCGCCAGCAACACCUCAGGAGAGUCUGUAUGAGGCACCUCCUUUUGAUGAGGUAGAUAUACAAGCGCUUGCACAUGCUGUAGAGCUGACAAGGCAAGGGGCAAUUGAUGGCCUGAGAUUUGCAAAGGGUGAUUUGUUACGUGCAUUUCAGAAUGAGUUAUGUCGAAUGAGACUAGAUGUUUCCAUGCUUGAUGAGCUCGUUCAAGAGUAUUGUGUUUAUAGGGGUAUCGUGGAAUCUGGCAUAGAAACACUUUCUGAACCCUUGAAAGUUAAUCAGUCGGAAUCAGGGUGUUUUUCAUCAGGAAAUUGUUCUCUUGAGGUGGAUUGUGGCACCAGUAAACCAGCUGGAGAAUCUUCGAUUAACAAUGCUGAAAUGGAUGGCUCUCCAGAAAAUAAUAUUGAUGUGACUAACAUGCAAGGAAGUGAUGUAGAAUUGAGGUAUACAAGUGAGCCAGCCAGCAAUUGUGAAGAUUGCAGCACCAGUGGAUCACAUCAGCAUGAACAUUCAAGAGCUUUGCUUAAAAACAGAGCCCGUGGUACUGGAGAAAGGGGUAAACGCAAACGAUGGAGAGGAAGACAGGAUGAAGUUGGUUGUGUUCCUGAUGUUUCUUUUAGUGGAUGUACUGAGCAAGAGUCUGCUACCCCAUUUACCUGCACAAAUAUAUCAAAGGAACAACAGGGUCUGGAAAAAGAUUUCAUAUUUGAUUUCAGAAAUAGGGAGGAUAAACAUGAGAUUGUGCUGAGGAUGAAAGAACUUGCUAGCAGAGGAAUGGCUGCUGAGGUUGUUGAAGAGAUUAAUGCAAUGGAUCCAAACUUUUUUGUGCAGAAUCCUGUUCUGCUCUUCAAACUUAAGCAGGUUGAAUUUCUCAAGUUGGUUAGCUCUGGUGAUCAGUCUGGUGCGUUAAAGGUCGCGUGCUCCUAUUUAGGUCCUUUAGCAGCUAGUGAUACGUCUUUACUCAAGCCCUUGAAGGAGACUUUGUUGGCUUUACUCCGACCAAAUGAAGAUGCAAUUGCAAGUGGGUUGCCUUUAAAUGCUCUAGCAACUUCACUCCAGGUCGCUUUUGGUGGGAGGCUUAGUAUUGAAGAACCCCAGCUUAUGAGGAUAAUUAGAGCAACUCUUUACACUCAUACCGAGUGGUUUAAACUUCAGAUGUGUAAGGAUCGGUUUGAGAAUCUUCUGGGUAUAGAUUCCUUGAAGGAAACAAAUACGCAUUUGCUUAGUGCUGGUGCCAUUUCAAAGUUAAAUGUUGAUAGUUGUACCCGUGGAUCUUCCCAAGUCACUAUUUCUUCAGGAACCAGGAUGUCAGAUGAUGGUAGCAGUCCUCAAAUAUCAUCUAGCGAUAUUAUCUGCGAUGAAAAUGCAAUACUUAAAGUAAUGGAAUUUCUUGCUUUGCCAAGGGCUGAUGCCAUCCAACUUCUUGCACAGUACAACGGAAAUGCUGAGACCGUCAUCCAGCAAAUAUUUGCAUAGGUUUUACACAACUCUACGAAAUUUGAUUUUAUUUUUUCAUUUAAUUUUUAAAGUAAUUGAUUUAUUCAAUUUGUACCAUAAAGAGUUUUCCUUCUUGAUAUAUAAGAAGUUUGAAGUCUAAGAGCUUGCAUCA